AUGAUUGCCUUUAUCAAUGUGGGCAUUUUACCUCCUUUUUAUUCUAUAGAUAAGUUAAGACAGCCUUUUGGUCUGCAGAUCUCGUUGCUAUUUGUUACUGUUUCUUUUAGGCUUAUGGCCUGUAUUGAUGAAAAUUUGGACAUGGUGAAGUUUCUGGUGGAGAACAGAGCCAAUGUAAACCAGCAGGACAACGAGGGCUGGACACCCCUUCAUGCAGCAGCUUCCUGUGGCUAUCUCAACAUAGCAGAGUAUUUCAUUAACCAUGGAGCCAGUGUGGGUAUUGUGAAUAGUGAAGGUGAAGUCCCCUCUGACCUUGCAGAAGAGCCUGCCAUGAAGGAUCUUCUUCUGGAGCAAGUGAAGAAGCAAGGAGUUGAUCUAGAGCAGUCACGAAAAGAAGAGGAACAACAGAUGUUACAGGAUGCCCGCCAGUGGCUCAACAGCGGGAAACUAGAGGAUGUAAGGCAGCCUCGCUCAGGGGCCACAGCCCUCCAUGUGGCUGCUGCCAAGGGCUACUCUGAGGUCCUCAGACUUUUAAUCCAGGCUGGCUAUGAACUCAAUGUUCAGGAUUAUGAUGGCUGGACUCCCCUCCAUGCUGCUGCACACUGGGGAGUGAAGGAGGCUUGCUCCAUCCUGGCAGAAGCACUCUGUGACAUGGAUAUCAGGAACAAACUGGGCCAGACACCAUUUGAUGUGGCUGAUGAGGGUCUUGUGGAGCACUUGGAGAUGCUCCAGAAGAAGCAGAAUGUGCUUCGAAGUGAAAAAGAGACACGGAAUAAGCUCAUUGAGUCAGACCUGAACAGCAAGUUGCAGAGUGGACUUUUUAAGAACAAAGAGAAGAUGCUUUAUGAAGAAGAGGUACCCAAGUCCCAAGAAAUGGAGGAAGAAAGCAAAGAGUCUAGCAGCUCCAGCUCAGAGGAGGAGGAAGGUGAAGAUGAAGCUUCUGAGUCAGAAACUGAGAAGGAAGGAGAUAAAAAGCCAGAAGCCAUUGUCAACCAUUCCAACUCUGAAAGCAAGAGUAUUAUCACGGAACAGAUACCACCACCGGCUCAGAAUACCUUCUCUGCCUCUUCAGCUAGGAGAUUCUCCUCCAGCCUUUUUAAUAAGCCGGAAGAGCCCAAAGAUGAAUCUCCUUCUUCGUGGAGACUGGGACUCAGAAAAACUGGCAGCCAGAACAUGCUGAGUGAGGUGGCCAAUUCUAGGGAAGCUCUAAGGGACCGAGGCUCUUCCAUCUACCGGUCAUCAUCAAGCCCUCGGAUUUCUGCUCUGCUGGACAACAAAGAUAAGGAGAGAGAAAACAAAAGCUAUUUUAGUUCACUAGCGCCCCGGAAGCUCAGCAGCACGAGUGACAUUGAAGAAAAGGAGAACAGAGAAUCAGCUGUUAAUCUAGUGAGGAGUGGUUCCUAUACACGGCAGCUGUGGAGGGAUGAAGCAAAGGGAAGUGAAACUCCACAGACAGUUGCUCCUUCUACCUAUGUAUCAACCUACUUGAAAAGUGCUUCCUUUGGUAGAAGUAGUGACCCCACAAGUCCCUACAUUUCAGCCAAUCGCAAUUCAUCUGCUACCUCACCCAUUACCAUUGGUUCAUCUACCUCUCGGGGCAACAAGUGGCAACCUGCCUCUUCUUGCCCUGCACCAAUCAGUGCAAACACUACUGCAUCUGCACACCAUGGCAGGACUCCUUACAAAUCCCAGGCUGACUCAACAGCAGAGAAAACAGCAGACAAUGUCUCUUCUAGCACCCCGCUCUGUGUGAUCACUAACCGCCCUCCACCUAACACUGCCAAUGGGGUUACAACUGCCACUCUGCUCUCCACUCCUGGAACAGACUCCUCUGUGGAAGCCAGGGACAGGAGGAGAAACCCAAGACUGGUAUUCCACUGGGUAUACUUUGGAAAUUGUGGAGCUAGAGAGGGCGUGACACUAACAGACCUUCAGGAAGCAGAAAGGACUUUCAGCCGGUCAAGAGCAGAACGGCAAGCUCAGGAGCAGCCUAGCCAGAAGUCCGCAGGCACUGAAGGGCUUGAAGGAAGCUCGGAGAAGCAUGAGCCCUCAGCGGUCCCAGCAAAGGAAGCUGGCGAGGGCCGUCAACCCUGGGGUGGGAGUCUGGAUGAAGAACCUGUCUAUCGUCGCCUGAGGUAUCCAGUUCAGCCAGACAAACCCACAACGCCAGUGUCUCCUUCUGCAUCAAGAUCCUCUCUCUACACCAGUUCCCAUCUGCUACGGACAAGCAGAUCUUCAGUCCCUGACUCUGAGAGUCCAGAGACCACCACAAACGCCGCAGUUGCAAAGGAAAUGGACAAGAAUGAGAGUGAAGAAGCAGAUGUGGAUGAUCAGUCCUCUACUAGACUGUCCAUCCGUGAGAGGAGGCGGCCCAAGGAACGACGACGAGGAACAGGCAUCAAUUUCUGGACAAAGGAUGAAGAUGAAACUGACGUCUCUGAAGAGGUAAAAGCAGCACUGCAUGAAAGACUUUCUAGGUAAGACCUUUCCCUGUUUUAUAUGCAUGCUUAAUACUUGUGAGAAGUGCAUGUCUAAUUAAACUUAGCUUUAUAUCAUGUGCUCAUAUUUCUCACAUCCUUUCCUUCCUUUUCAUUUCCUCAGCCACCACAGUAGUUCAGACUUUUAUUAUUUCCUGCCUAAGUUAAUGCAGUAGCUUUGCAACUCACCUCCUGCCUUCAGAUUCUCCUCCUUCCAAUUCAUUUUGUAUACUUCCACCACAUUAAUUUUCCUACAGCACCUACCAGGCACUGUGCUACAGAAACAACAUGAAUAAAACCCUAUCCUCACCUUCAGUAAGGGCCAGGAUAGUGGUAUGGACAGUAUUAUGAGCAGAGAGAAGAGGCCAUUAGCCUAAUCUGGUGGUUCAAGAAGACUUUGUUGCAGGAUACAUGCCCAAAUUGAGAUUGAGUUUAGAUACUGUCAUUUAAUAGUGGAUCUAACACAAUUCCUUGUACUUAGAUGGUGCUCCGUAAUAAUUUAUUGAAAGAGCUAAAGACCAGUGUUGCAAUUGCUGAAAAAUUAAGGAAGCAGAUAAGAGUUUGGGGAAUGAUCCUCUCUAAUUUUUCACCUAGCAUCAGAGGAUACAAAACUGAUCUUCCUGAAGAACAAAAUAAAAAAUAGUAAAGACUGUGGAGCCAAAAGUAUGAACCUCUCCCUUUCCAGUUUUCCUCUGAUAGAGAAAUUAAGAAAAAAUUGAGGGAAAAUGUAGUUAUGGGAUAGCAUAGGGCAAAUGAGUCUUAUAAUUUGUUUGAUAAUUGAGCUUAUUGCACCUUAAUGAUAUAUUUAAAAAUGUAUAAACUUGCAUGGAUUCUUCCUCUGCUCACCCUCUCACCAGGCACCAGCUGAAGAUAAAUAAUUUACAUCUAACCUAGCAGAAAAUUAGUUUUGCAAAAUUGGUAGAGAGUGGUUAUUUUGCUAUAGUUAAUUUUUUGUGGAUUCUGUUACAUUAUAAUAGCCAUUUAUGAAAAGAGACUUUCCCUAUAGACCUCAAAAUAUGCCAAAAAACUAAUGGUUAAAACAGUGGGGUAUUAGUUCAAGAAUAAACAAAGAUAUCAGUGGAACACAGGAUAGUCCCCCAAAAGUCAUAUGUAUAAGGUGAUUUGUCAACUCUGUGGGGGAAGAGUUAGUUAAUAAGUGAUCAUUGGGACAACUGACCGUCUGUUUGGGAAAACAGAUCCUUCCCUGAAGCCAUACCAAAAAACAAAAACAAAACCAGAUUCCAGAUGGAUUACAGUUUUUAAGAGAAAAUGAUUUUACUACAAAAGCAAUAGAAGAAAAUAUUUAUAAUCUUUAUAUAGGAAAGACUCUCCCAGGCAUGGUACCAUAAAGGUAAAAAUUGUCCAAUUUAGUUAUAUAAAAUGUAAAAUCUCUGCUAGUAAUAGACACCAUAAACAGAGACAAAAAGUAAAGUGGGAAAAAAUAUUUGCAGCUUAUGUUGUAUAGUUUUAAAAGCUUUGCUAUAUAGGAUGCUCCCACAGUGUAACAAGCGGAAGAUUAACAAAGGCUCUGAAUCGACAAUUCAGAAACAAAGAUAAAUAAUCAAAGAUACUGAACCUUCCUAGUGAUCUACAAAUAUUAAAAUUAAUGACAAUGUUUCUCCUAUUGGACUAGAAAGGAUUAAACUCUCUGAAGGACAGUAUGACAAUACAUGUAUCAAAAUUUAGAAUAGACUUACACCUUGACCAAAGGGUUCCACUUCUAAGAUUUUAUCCUAAGAAAAUAAUCAGGCAAAUGCACUAAAAUUUAUAGACACGUCUUCUCACUUGUAGCAUCAUUUCUAAUAGCUAAAAAGUUCAAAAUAAUAAAGGUGUCUGUCACUAGAAGAUUCAGUUACCACACACCACUCAGUGGAAGACUGUGCGGUCAUUUUUUUUUUUUUUUAAUGAGACAGAUCUGUUUACUUACAUGGUAAGAUGCCUCCCAGCGUAGUGAUAAGUGGAGGGAGGAGGAGGAGUUAGACAAUAGUAUGUAUUAUCUGGUUUUAUUUAUAGAAAUACAUACAUUUUAAUGUAUCAUGUGUUUAACCUUUUGCAAGGAUAUGAAGUAACUAUUAACAGUGGGUUAUUUCUUAGGCAGGAUUAUGGAGUGACUUUUACUUUCUGUUUUAGACACUUUGGUACUACUUACAUUUUUCUGCAAGCAUGUAUUGCUUUUGUAAUCAGA